GAUCAUCCACCAGGACGGUUACUCGCUGGAGGAAUGCCUGGAGUUCAUCGCCAUCAUCUACAGCAACACGCUCCAGUCCAUGUUGGCCAUCGUGCGGGCCAUGAACACCCUCAACAUCCAGUACGGGGACACGGCUCGCCAGGACGAUGCCCGCAAGCUGCUGCACCUCUCAGACACCAUCGAGGAGGGCACCAUGCCCAAGGAGAUGUCGGACAUCAUCGGGCGGCUCUGGAAGGACACGGGCAUCCAAGCGUGCUUCGACCGUGCCUCCGAGUACCAGCUCAACGACUCGGCCGGCUACUACCUGUCGGACCUGGAGCGCCUGGUGACCCCCGGCUAAGUCCCCACGGAGCAGGACGUGCUGCGCUCCCGCGUCAAGACCACCGGCAUCAUCGAGACCCAGUUCUCCUUCAAAGACCUCAACUUCAG